GCUCUGGGGCCGGAUUAGAAGGGAAUCCAGUGAGCCGGCUUGUGACAAGCCUUAGCGCGUCCCCCGUGAGCCGGCCCCGCCUGCCUGGCCCUUUAAAAGCCCCCGGGCUCGGCUGGCAGGGCUCAGACACAGCUUUGGCAGCACCAUGAAGGCAGGUGGUCUCCUCCUCCUCCUCCUCCCUGUGGCCCUGCUGGCCCUGGGGGUCCAUUGCAUGCCCUCUUUGGACACCAAGGAAGCAGAAGGUGAGUAGAACUGGUCAGAGGGGAGCUUGGGGCCUCUGAGGCUGGGCUGGGGGCACCUUGGGUGGUCACUGGAACACAGAAUUGUAGAGAUGGAAGGGACCCAAAGGUCCUCUAGUCCAACCCCCUGGAAUGCAGGAACCACAGCUCUAGAAUCCCUGACAUAUGGCCACCCAACCUCCAGUGAAGGAGAGUCCACCACCUUCCGAGGGAGUCCAUUCCACUGCCCAACAGCUCUUACUGUCAGAAAGUUCCUCCCAAGGUUUGGUCGGAAUCUCCUUUCUUGUGACUUGAAGCCGUUGGUUCAAGUUCUCCCUUCUGCAUCAGCUUGCUCCAUCUUCCAGGAAACAGCCCUCAGGUGGCUCUCAUGUCACCUCUCAGCCUUCUCUUCUCCUGGCUCUGCAGCUCCUUUUCCGCCCCACCCCACCCCCAAGACGCACACCUGAGGCAGCUGAGUCUGACGUUCCUUCUCUCUCCACCAGUGGUCUGUGGGUGAAGGCCAGGAAUUGAUGGGACCCCUCUGGCACAGUGUUUAUAUAGAUGCCCCACAAGGUGCGCUGUCCAGACUGGGAUGGGGCUGUUUGUUUUUUAGGGGUGUGCAUCAAGCAGCAGGCGAUCUGAGCAUUGCUCCCCAAGAUAUCUUCCCUUGGAACUGAUGGUGCUUUAGGGGGUGGGGGACUGCGUGCGCAUAGGGGCACAGCCUGGGCAGGGCCCCUUCUGCACCAGCUGCUGUCUUUAGGUGCCAAAGAGAAUACUGCUAAGGGGUCUGCUUGACAUCAAUAGGCAGGGAGUUCCAAAGUGAAACUGCUGCCAUACGAAACAACCAAGUUCUUACAAAUACAGAAGAGGAAUUACGUGGUUCAUCUUAUGUUGUUACCUCUUGUACUUCUUUGUGGGGGGUGCUCUGGAAAGUGGCCUGCGUAAGUGACCCUUUGUGGGUCCCUUAAGAAUAUAAGGAAAUCCUGCUGGAUGAGGCCAGUGACUCACCUAGUCCAGCAUUCUGUUCUUACAGUGGCCAACCAGAUGUUCAUUAUGGGAAAACCCAUAAGCAGGAUUAGAGCAUUGAGAAGAGUCAUCCUGGCUAGUAGCCUGCGAGAGCCCUCUCUGAAUUUCUCUAAUCUGUUUUUUAAGCCGUCCAGCUUGGUGGCCCUCAUUGUGGCAGGGAGUUCCACAGUUUAACUCUGCACUGUGUGAAAAAGGAUUUUCUUUUACCUGUCCUGAAUCUUCCAACAUUCAUCUUCACUGGAUACCUAUGAGUUCUCGUGUUAGGAGAGAGAGAGAGGGAGAGGGAGAGGGAGAGGGAGAGGGAGAGGGAGAGGGAGAGAGACUUUUCUCUUUCCCCUUUCUCCAUGCCAGAAUUUGUUUUAUAAACUUCUACAUGUUGCCUCCCAGGGCUUUUGCACACCUCUGUUUGCCCCACUGCUUUCCCCUGGGAAAACCCAAUCUUUAGCGCCAAAUUGGAACAAACAGCAAUCAGGUUUUCCACGAACUGCCAUUUGUUCUGACUGAUCACUAAAGAGCAGGUUUUCCGGGAGAAAGCAGUGAGACAAAAGCAAAAUUGUUUGGACUCGUGCUUUGUAGACACAGGACAAGUGGAAGUGUAGAUGAUCACUUGGCCACCUUUAAUCAAAACCCAAAUGUCCCAAACACUGCAACCUUUGCUCCGCCCCCUUGAUAGUUUUGACUGCCCUUCCCUGUCCCUUUGGUGAGCUUCACCUGUGGCUCUUGCAGGCAAGGACAGCAAGGACGGCUACUGCUACAACGUGCCACCCGUGGUGAACAUCUUCGAAGAGAGGAACUGUAGCGCCUGCCUCCAAAACAAGUCCUGCUCCACCUGUGACAAUGACUCCCAGUGCCCGGGGACCCAGAAGUGCUGCCCAGGGGACUGUGGCUACGUCUGCCAGGAAGCCGUCAUUGGUGAGUGGGGUGCUGGCUGGGGCCCCCUACCUGCCUGCCCCUUGCCUCUCCCCACGGCUUCCUUUCUGUGUCUUGGGGGGGUCCAUGGGAAGCGGGCAAUCUAAAAAGUUCGCCCCACCAAAGCUCUCCUAAGUUAUUGUGGCAAGGAUGGGAAACCCUAUUCCUCAAUUCUCGCUUUCUUUCACAUUCGAUAAAUUUCUGCACCCCACCACUGGACUCCUAAAGGAUAUUGUACAUGAUUGGCGCAGAUUCUCCCCCCUUUUUUUUGCUAUACUGAAUCAUGUUAUUGGGUCGCUCCCCCCAUAUGGCUGUAAUCAUAUAGACAAACGUGAUUUAAACAUGAUAUUCAUCCUUUAUUCGGAGCCUUACGUGAAAAUGCUUUGGAUUGGAACACUAAGACAUCGUACCUUAUACGGCCCUUAAAAUGCUUAGUUUUUUUAAAUUUUCUUUUAGAAAACUGCUGAAAACUGUUAGAAUACUGAAUUCCAAGGGUCACUAACACUCGGGUCCAGUGCCAACGGCCUUCUGGCAGUUCCCUCGCUGCGAGAAGCCAAGUUACAGGGAACCGGGCAGAGGGCCUUCUUGGUGGUGGCACCCGCCCUGUGGAAUUCCCUCCCACCAGAUGUCAAAGAGAAAAACAACUACCAGACUUUUAGAAGACAUCUGAAGGCAGCCCUGUUUAGGGAAGCUUUUAAUGUUUGAUGCAUUACUGUAUUUUAAUAUUUUGUUGGAAGCCGCCCAGAGUGGCUGGGUAAGCCCAGCCAGAUGGGUGGGGUAUAAAUCAUAAAUUAUAAUAUUAUUAUUAUUAACUUCCAGUCCAUGCAAAAGGUGCAGGUGCAAGUCAGUUAUUAUUUGGGAAUUGCAAGAAGCAUCCCUGCCACUGAGUGCUGUCCCCCCACCCAUAUGUUUAUUUAUUUCAUGAGAUUUCUAAACAGCAAAGCAUAGCCACUGUGGCUAACAGCCCUAGGUAGCCCCGCACCUCUCAGGGGGCAGUACUGGCCUCUUUGGGACCCACUGAUCUAGUCAGCCGGGGGAACCGGCUUUCAGCCGCCCAAACAUUCCCAGCUCAGUGAGGGCUUGGCAAGUUGGGGCUUCCAGGAAAGCUGCAUGUUCUGGCUUGUCUUUGUCUGGGGAGCCCAAGGCUGACCAAAGGGAGGAGGGAGGUUUCAGGGUCCCACAGAGUGCCCAGGCAGCAUCAUCCAGGUGGGACAAAAGUGAUGGAUGGGGCAGGUGAGCAGGAGAAGUAGGAGGGCCAGGAGCCUUGGCUGGUUGGAGCGAGCUGUGGGUUUCUUAGGGACCUGGUUCAGCUCCUGAAGGCUGCAUCCGGCCAUGUUCAAAGUGCGAAAAAUAAUAUUGGGUGUGGGAUUCUCAAGCAACAACUGGAUAAUUGCUGCCUUUAAAAAGUCAUAGAAUUGUAGAGUUCAGGGACUGACAGGCGUCAUCCUGCAAUGAGGGAAUCACAGUUGAAGAUUCCCAGCAGCUCAAGUCAUCACAAGGUGUGCAUGUGUUCUAAAAGAGACCUUCAAAAUGCAAUUUUGAAAAUCAGUCUUCAGAACAUUGCUCAUUCUUUGGUGGCUCUGACUUUCAGGGAACGGAGAGAUUGAGGUGUUGGGAGACCCCACGGAUGGGAAAUGGGAAUUGUAGUUUUCCUGCUACAGGACACAGAUGUCUUUAUCAACGACUUGGAUGAUGGACUCAAGGGCAUCCUGAUCAAAUUUGCAGAUGACACCAAACUGGGAGGGGUGGCUAACACCCCAGAGGACAGGAUCACACUUCAAAACGACCUUGACAGAUUAGAGAACUGGGUCAAAACAAACAAGAUGAAUUUUAACAGGGAGAAAUGUAAAGUAUUGGACUUGGGCAAAAAAAAUGAGAGGCACAAAUACAAGAUGGGUGACACCUGGCUUGAGAGCAGUACAUGCGAAAAGGAUCUAGGAGUCUUGGUUGACCACAAACUGGACAUGAGCCAACAGUGUGACGCGGCAGCUCAAAAAGCCAAUGCAAUUCUGGGCUGCAUCAAUAGGAGUAUAGCAUCUAGAUCAAGGGAAGUAAUAGUGCCACUGUAUUCUGCUCUGGUCAGACCUCACCUGGAGUACUGUGUCCAGUUCUGGGCACCACAGUUCAAGAAGGACACUGACAAACUGGAACGUGUCCAGAGGAGGGCAACCAAAAUGGUCAAAGGCCUGGAAACGAUGCCUUAUGAGGAACGGCUAAGGGAGCUGGGCAUGUUUAGCCUGGAGAAGAGGAGGUUAAGGGGUGAUAUGGUAGCCAUGUUCAAAUAUAUAAAAGGAUGUCACAUAGAGGAGGGAGAAAGGUUGUUUUCUGCUGCUCCAGAGAAGCGGACACGGAGCAAUGGAUCCAAACUACAAGAAAGAAGAUUCCACCUAAACAUUAGGAAGAACUUCCUGACAGUAAGAGCUGUUUGACAGUGGAAUUUGCUGCCAAGGAAUGUGGUGGAGUCUCCUUCUUUGGAGGUCUUUAAGCAGAGGCUUGACAAUCAUAUGUCAGGAGUGCUCUGAUGGUGUUUCCUGCUUGGCAGGGGUUGGACUCGAUGGCCCUUGUGGUCUCUUCCAACUCUAUGAUUCUAUGAUUCUAUGAUUCUAUGUGUGGCAAGUGUAAACUGCUUGACAUUUGAGGGGUGCUUUGCUGCGCUCCCCUACAGGGUAGACUUUCCUUGCUCUUAACAUUCCAAAACAAGGAGAACUCCAACAGGUGCAAUUUUUCCAAGCACGGCGCUGUGUCGGCGAAGGGAGCCGUGCCUGCAGAAAUUCUCCACUCUGCGCAGCAGUGCCUGCCAUGGAAUCUGGAAACCAGCCAGUAGCUUCCUGUGCCAAAUCCCUCCUCACACCUGAGACGUUCAGCUUGAAGGUGUGAGCACCUGUGUCUCGGGAAGGGAGGGAGGGAGAAAGAGGCUAAGCUGUGUCCCCACACCCUUCAGUGUGGCUCACCUCACGUUUCUUUGUGGUUCUGUGUCUUGCGCUGGGUGGGAACCACCUCUGACUGCCUCAUGAGUAGGGCUGGGCCGGGCUGGCAACACAAUACUCAAAAAAAUCUCAGAACCAGGAUGAUGCAAAUGUCGUGAAUUUCUCCAUCGUCCUCGCCUUCCUCAGCACCACACAGAGCUACACAUCACCAGCUGCCUCUUGCCAGCUGUUGCCAAUGCACCUGUGGCUGUUCAUAGGCAGGAGAACCCACCUGUGCAGGUGUGACUUGAAGCCCUUCCAACUUCGUGUAUGUGAGAGACCAAGCUUGGCUUGAGCCUUUGCUUGUGUCCCCAAAGGUACAAAGUGAAAGGAACUUCUGCACAUAUUCAAAAGCAAAUUUGGAGCAAAAUUAUAGUGGGUUUUUUUAAAAAAACAAAGCAAAUAAGAACUUAAGAAGUGCCGCUCUCCCCUCCUGCCUUUUCCAGCAACUCAUAUUCAGAAGCGUUAUUGCUUCCAGCUGUGGAGGCCUGGGUCCUGUAUACCUGAAGGAGCGUCUCCACCCCCAUCAUUCUGCCCGGACACUGAGGCCCAGCUCCGAGGGCCUUCUGGCGGUUCCCUCGCUGCAAGAAGCGAGGUUACAGGGAACCAGGCAGAGGGCCUUCUCGGUAGUGGCACCCGCCCUGUGGAACGCCCUCCCACCAGAUGUCAAAGAGAAAAACAACUACCAGACUUUUAGAAGACAUCUGAAGGCAGCCCUGUUUAGGGAAGCUUUUAAUGUUUAAUAGGUUAUUGUAUUUUAGUGUUCUGUUGGAAGCCACCCAGAGCGGCUGGGGAAACCCAGCCAGAUGGGUGGGGUAUAAAUAAUAAAUUAUUAUUAUAAUAAUUAUAAGUUAUUAUUAUUAUUAUUAUUAUUAUUAUUAUUAUUAUUAUUAUCAUGGCUAGCAGACAGACUUAUCCUCCAUGAAACUGGCUAAUCCUUUUUCAUAGAAUCGCAGAAUUGUAGAGUUGGAAGGGACAACAAGGGAUCAUCUAGACCAGGAGUUGUCAACCUGGUCCCUACCGCACACUAGUGGGCGUUUCAGGAUUCUAGGUGGGCGGUGGUGGGUCCUACAACACAAGCUGAAUCCUCCUUCCAUCGAGCGCUGGUGGGCAGUAAGGAAAUUUUACCAUCAAGAAAGAUGCAUAAGUGGGCAGUAGGGAUAAAACGGUUGACUACCCCUGGUCUAGUCCAACCCCCUGCAAUGCAGGGAUCUUUUGCCCCAAAUGGGGCUUGAACCCCAACCCUGACAGUCAGAGUCUCAUGCUCUCUGCUAACUGAGCUAUCAGUUGGUGGCUGCCACCGUCUCCUGAGAACUGAGUUCCGUAGUUUCCAUCCCUUUGUUUGUACUCCUGUCAGGGUCAGAUUUAGGUUUCAUGAGGCCCUCAGCUCCUGAAGGUAAUGGGGCCCCAGUGGCGUAGCGUGGGGGGUGCAGGGGGGGCCGGCUGCACCGGGCGCAACAUCUGGGGGUUAGGGUUAGGGGGCGCAAAUCCACAGGUUAGGGGGCGCAAAUUACUUGCCUUGCCCCGGGUACUGACAACCCACGCUAUGCCACUGUGGGGCCCUUUAUAUGUCCAGCUGUCCUUUGCCAAGAACAAAUUGUCGCUGUUUUUUGUGUUGCUAUAUGGUAAUUUAUGGACCUAAUAGGUACCUCAAGCUGUUUGCACAAAACAAUCAGGAGACUACACAACACAAAACACUGUUGCUGUGUGUAGGUUUUAUUAUAUUUGUUUUUUAUCUUAUAUUUUGGAAAUGUACAUCCAGUUUUUUUAAUCCUUUAAAUUGUUUUGGGGCCCCCAAGCGAGUGGGGCCCUAAGCUAUAGCUUGUUUAGCUUAUAUGUAAAUCCGGCGCUGACUCCUGGCCUUUCCCACUUUUAAAAUUGGUUUAUGUGAGAAAUAUGACCGCGGUGUUUAAGUACCACCUUGUCUCCUUCGACAAUUCUCUGGAAGUUUGCUCUUUCUAAAACCUCGAGGCACAAUUUGGACCAGGAGAACUGAAAAGGAAGGCGAGGACAGCUGGCAUUUUUGGGGCAUGAGCUCAGCCAUGGUUUUUCCACCCGAGGGUGACAUUUGUCACCAGCCAGCACAUGCCUGAGCAUAAACAUCUGAGGCCUCCCUGAGUUUGUCUGUGCAUUUCCAGAUCCGGUUUGUCCGGUUAUGCAAAGAAUUCUCCUCCGUCCUUCUUUCUCCCCUGCAUGCCAAAAAGAUCGAUCAAUAGGGUAGAAAAUCAAAGGCUGCCAACAAAGGUGGGGGCCUUCUGACGUUUCCUUCCUCCUAAGGCCUGCCUCACAUUGCUUUGCACUCUUCCUUCUCUCCCUCUCUCUGGACCCCACAGACUUCUGCCGCCUGCCCUCGGUCUGCGGAAACUGCAAGGCAAUGUUCGCUCGCUACUUCUACAACGCCUCCACCCAGAAAUGCGAGCAGUUCGUCUAUGGCGGCUGCGGUGGGAACAAGAACAAUUUUGACACAGUAGACGACUGCAUCCGAACCUGCGGGAAGUCCCGUGAGUAUUCACUUUUAAGCUUGGCAUUAGCUGACAGUGUGAUGCUGCAGCAAAAAAGGCGAAGGCUAUUCCAGGUUGCAUCGACAGAGGUCUAGUGUCCAGAUCAAGGGGAGUCAUAGGAUCACUCUAUUCUGCCUUGGUCAGAUCCCACCCAGAGUCCUCUUUUGGGCACCAUUUCUUAAGGUGGAUAUGGACAAGCUGGAAGGUGUGCAGAAGAGGGUGACCAAGAUGAUCAAGGGUCUGGAAACCAAGCCUGAUGAGGAACAGUUGAGGGAGCUGGGUGUGUUUAGCCUGGAGAAGAGACGACUGAGAGGUGAUAUGAGGAAGGGCAAUGUAGCUCAGUGGUAAGAGCAUCUAUCUUGCAAGCUGAAGGUCCCAGAUUCAGUGGCACCUCCAGGUGGAGUUGAGAGAGACUCCUGCCUGAAAUCCUGCAGAGGCGUUGCUGCCAGUCGGUGUAGACCAGCCUUCCUCAACCUCAGCCCUCCAGAUGUUUUUGGCCUACUACUCCCAUGAUCCCUAGCUAGCAGGACCAGCGGUCAAGGAUGAUGGGAAUUGUAGUCUCAAAACAUCUGGAGGGCCGAGGUUGAGGAAGCCUGUUGUAGACAAUACUGAGCAAAGUGGAACAAUGGUUUGAUUCAGUAUAGGGCAGUUUCCUAGAUUCCCAUAUGAUCGCCAUCAUCAAAUCUCUGAAGGGGUGUGAUAUGGAGGAUGGAGCAGCUGGAGUAUUUCUUCGGAGCUUCUUGAUGCAGUCAUCCAGCUGAUCAGGGGAUUGAUAUUUGGACCCACCAAGCUCCAGAGGAGGACAUGACUUGCCCUUUCUCUAAAUUGUCCUCCUUUCUUUUCCAGGGACAGCCUAGACUGAGAAAGCCAUCGGGGCAGACCUGUCCCCUCGCUGCAAGAUCUGACUCCGUCCUCCUCUCAGCAGCUGCACCUUCUUUCCUGGCCUGGUGGAGAAGGGGCUUAGAGACCCCUGACAUCUUUGACUGUUUCAGAAAAUGGGACGAGAGGAGCAAGAGAUCCUGGGUGCGCGUUCUGCCUGCUCUCCAGCCUGCCAGCUCCUUGAUCGUGGUUUCCUGGGAAUGCCUCACCCUCUGCAAUGCCUCCCACAUGUUUCUGCAUGAAAGCAAUACCUGUGUCGAAAGCCCGUGUCACAAUCGAUACUUAACCCCCGUCUCACACUUCUCUGCUGUUUCCUGUUUCCAGAGUGACAGUCUUGGCAGGGGAGACCAAGAAUUUGUGCUUCAGGCCUCUUGGUCCACAUCUUCGUAGAUCCUUGAUCCUGUGGAGAAGUUUAGGGAUCUCCAAAAUCAUAGAAUUGUAGGGUUCUAGACCAACCUGCUGCAAUGCAGAAUCCAUGACAGGUGGCCAUCAAACCUCUGCUGAUAAACCUCCAAGGAAGGAGAUCAUUUUACCCAAGGAGCGCUGCUGGAUGACCCGCUGACGUAGCUGCCCCCUCUCAUGGUUUCCGUUGCUCCUCGAAUGCUGCUUGCAGCCCCCACAGCCUGCUCCCCUGCAGCUGUCCCUGACCUCGGUGACGACCUGAGUGGCAUGAGAUGCACUUGUUUGCGCUUUGGAAGGGGAGAAGGGCUUUGAUAGGAUAUACGGCUGCGCUUCCCACCCCAAGGAAACGAGAAGCAAAAACUGCAUUUGUCCAAGCAAAGCUCAUAGCAGAUCCUCUCCCCCCAUUUGGAAACUGAGCCAUGCAAGGCAGGUGCCCGCUGAGAAAAAGAUGUCACCUUACGUCCAAGAUACAGAAAAAGGCAGAUAUUGGCCGCCUCCUGAGUGUUAAGUUCCUAGAAUCCUAGAACAGUAGAGUCGGACCCCAAGAGUCAUGGGCAUAGCCAGGAUCUUUGCUGGGGGGAAGAACCUCAGUUAGCUAUGUAUUUUUUAAAUUUUUUAUUGAUUUAGGGGGCAGCUGCCCCUCCCUGCCCCCCGGCUAUGCCCAUGCCAAGGGUCAUUUAGUCUCUCUGUUGAUGUGUUGGUGCUUUCUAAAUACUCAAAUAAAGAAAUAAAUAAACAGAUUUUGGCUGGUGCUCAUGAAUGAAUGAAUGCAUGAAUGGGUACCGACUGUCACCCGUGGGUGGGUCUAUGUUCCAGGCAGCACCUGUCCAAGCACAGAGGUGUAGGCAGAGAGGGAGGGGGCUGGACAAGGGGGGGGACUGAGAACCAGUCUUGUUUGUGAUGCCAGCCCUUCUUAGGUACUCCUUAAAGGUCAAGGGACCCCUGACCAUUAGGUCCAGUUGUGGCCGACUCUGGGGUUGUGGCCUCAUCUCGCUUUAUUGGCCGAGGGAGCUGGCGUACAGCUUCCGGGUCAUGUGGCCAGCAUGGCUAAGCCACUUCUGGCAAGCCAGAGCAGUGCAUGGAAACGCCCUUUACCUUCCCGCCGGAGCGGUACCUAUUUAUCUACUUGCACUUUGAGGUGCUUUUGAACUGCUAGGUUGGCAGGAGCAGGGACCGAGCAAAGGGAGCUCACCCCGUCGUUGCAGGGAUUUGAACCGCCAACCUUCUGAUUGGCAAGCCCUAGGCUCUGUGGUUUAACCCACAGCACCACCAGCAUGACUAAGCCGCGAACCACAGCAGCGCACGGAAAUGCCGUUUAGCUUUCCACCAGAGCGGUACCUAUUUAUCUACUUGCACUUUGAUGUGCUUUCGAACUGCUAGGUUGGCAGGAGCAGGGACUGAGCAAUGGGAGCUCACCCUGUUGCAGGGAUUCGAACCGCUGACCUUCUGAUUGGCAAGCCCUAGGCUCAGUGGUUUAACCCACAGCGCCACCCAUGUCCCAACAUGGGUGCUCCUUAGCUGGGUCUAAAGAGACAUGUAAACUGGGCUGGACUGGCCAAGCUUCAUCCUUUGCAGAUCUUUCUCUGGUGUCCUCAGGUUCAGGUCCUGGCCAGCAGAGAGAGCUGUGUCAGCUGCUCACCUUAUUUGAAGGCAGAAGUUUCCAAGCUGUAGCAGUGAGACCUGGACAGUGCUGGAUUUACGUAUAAGCUAAACAAGCUAUAGCUUAGGGCCCCACUCUCUUGGGGGCCCCCAAAAAAAUUAAAGGAAAAAAACCCUGGAUGUACAUUUCC